AUGACGGUUAGAAAAUACAGAUACAUUUCGUUUUCAUAUUCUUUACUCGAAGGAAAAAAUGUUAGCUUAGAAAAUUCUAUAAUUUCAAUAAUUCGUGACAAAGUAAAUGAGAAUUUUGGUGAACACGUUUUGUAUAGAUUACAAAAUUUAGCAUUAUUAGAAUAUUUACAUGAAAAUAAUAUUUUUGUUAUACGAGUUGAUAGAGAUAUUUGUAAAUUUAUACUGUUUAGUUUGGUAUCAGUUGGGCAAAUUAAUGGAAUGAAAGUUAAUUUUAAAAUUUUAUUUGUAUCUGGGAUAUAUAAAAAAUUACUAAAAAGAUUAAGAGAUAGUAUCUCUAAACCUGAAAAUAAAAAUAUAUGUUAA